UUGCGAUCGUAGCUCGCUUUCGAAUCAAUUCGAAUCUACGUAUUUCCGCGCUCAGUGAUCGAAUCGGAGUGGAGUCAAGCGGAGUGAGAGUGAGAGUGGAGUGGGAGUGUGUCGAUCGUACAUACAUGCCGUGAUGGAUGAAGUUUCGACGAACGAUGUAGGAGGUGAAGAACAUGGAGGAACAUUAACAUGUGCUGGUUGUCUCAAUGUUAUCGAUGAAGAUGAAUUUAUACAGGCAUUGAAUCAAGAAUGGCACAUUGAUUGUUUUCGAUGUUCGGCAUGCGAUAUCGGCCUAUCCUCCUGGUACUUUGAAAAAGAUGGUUUGCUAUUUUGUAAAGACGAUUAUUGGGCCGCUUACGGCGAAGCAUGUCAGGGUUGCGGUCAGAUCAUCACAGGCCCUGUUAUGCUGGCAGGUGAUCACAAAUUUCACCCAGAAUGCUUUGCCUGCACUUCUUGUGGUGCUUUUAUCGGAGAUGGCGAAAGUUAUGCGCUUGUCGAACGGUCCAAAUUAUACUGUGGGGUAUGCUAUAAGCGACAAAUGCAACCACUCAACAGGACAGCAAAUUAUCCUUUUGCUAGAAAACCACACAGCAUUAGAUUAGUCGAAAUACCUCCUAGCACGACAAAUCUGGAUAAGCAGAGAGGAAUCAAACUCACAUUAGACACAGCUCCCAGUCCUCGCAGUUGUGGUGCUUUGCUACGUAUUUCAGAGUUAAUGAAAAAUGUUCGUGGAAAGAUCAGUAAGCUGCUGGCCUCUGUGAUGGAGGUUCUAUUUAGACUAUGCUGCCACUUCUCUAAUCAUAGAUUAAAUAUGUCCAGUGAUCUUAUAUCGUUACACAUUGGCGACCGAAUUUUGGAAGUAAAUGGCACCCCUGUAAAAGAUCAGCCUGUGGAAAAUAUCGAAAAUCUCAUACAAUAUUCAGAUACAGUUUUACAAUUGACUAUCGAGCACGAUCCAGAUGCGGUAUCACGACGGCCCACGUUCUAUUCACCGUCCUCGGCGAUGUUGGCAUGUGUCAGUAGUCCCAAGACAAGUCCCGAAAGUAAGGAGCGAUUGUUUAAGCGUCGGGAUGAGGGUUAUAUCAGCGGUGCGCGGAGCCGACAAUUACGAAGAACGAGAGAUCCUAUGCAUAAAGAACGCAGUAGUUCUAUGUCGCGAUUGCUUGAUGGAUCUUCUCCAACGAAUCCUACUUAUGAUCUGAGCCGAACUAGAUCCUUCCGCGUAGAGCCAAAGAAUCAGAGAAUAUUCCGAGCGAGUGAUUUGGUGAAAGGCGAACUUCUUGGUAAAGGAUUCUUUGGACAAGUAUUCAAAGUUACACAUCGCGACACGGACGAAGUGAUGGUCCUCAAAGAGUUGUAUAGAGUGGAUGAAGACGCUCAGAAGAACUUUCUAAAAGAGGUUGCAGUACUGCGCUCGUUACACCAUAACAACGUUCUUCGAUUUAUUGGUGUUCUUUAUAAGGACAAGAAACUGCAUUUGGUUACCGAGUACAUAGCAGGUGGCACGUUAAGAGCCCUGCUUCACGAUACGAACGAACCAUUGCCGUGGGAACAGCGUACAUCCUUCGCGAAAGAUAUCGCUGCCGGCAUGGCCUACUUGCAUUCCAUGAAUAUCAUUCAUCGCGACUUAAAUUCGCACAAUUGUCUCGUUCGUGAGGAUAAGACUGUGGUUGUUGCUGAUUUCGGUCUGGCGAGGAUCAUUCAGAAUGGGAGUUCGCUGGACAAUCGCAAGUAUAAUCGACAUUCCGACGGAGAGGUGAAAACCUCGAAGAAAGAGCGAAAGAAACGGUAUACGGUUGUCGGAAAUCCCUAUUGGAUGGCGCCCGAAAUGAUGAAGGGCAACAAAUAUGACGAGAAAGUGGAUAUAUUUAGCUUUGGCAUUGUCGUCUGCGAGAUUAUAGGUCGAGUUCAAGCAGAUCCCGAUUACUUGCCUAGAUCAUCCGAUUUUGGCUUGAAUCAAAAUGUCUUCAAGGAGAAAUUUUGCUCCAAUUGUCCUGAGACUUUUUAUAUGAUCGCUUUCCUUUGCUGCGAUCUAAAUCCAGAUAAGAGGCCACCGUUCGAAGUUAUGGAGGUUUGGUUAGAAGGACUAGCUAUGCAUCUGUCGGUAGGUGCCGAGUUGCCGGCAGAUCUGGAUUUUGACAUUAGAAAUUACAAAGGACCGAGUCCGAGCAGUAGCGAGUCCACGACUCCGGAAACUUUGAAACCUAUCAAGGAAGGCCAGGUGCAUCAAGAGAAAAAGCGAUCCAAUUGCUGCGACGACAGUACACUAGAACGUGAAAUACAAUCUGUCUCGACAUCUAAUACGCUUCACGUGCCUGAAGUCAUCAGUCCGCGUAAUAGGUACUCGAGGCAGAACAGUGACAAAAAUAGCAACAACUCGAGCAAUGUCGGACGUUACGUGAGACAAAAUUCCAAAUCAAAAGAUUUUGACAAAGAGAAGCCCGACGUUAUAAUUUUGCCCGAUUCUAGCGGUUUUAGUGGACGUUAUCUAAGAAAUAAUAAUGCCAAGUUAAAAGAAACCUCUCCCGACAUUCCAAAUACUUACGCUUACUCAAAACAAGAGACGUAUCCGAGACAGAUUGGUACGAGUGAGCAUAAUUUAACUCGAGUACCAACUAUAGACAAGAUAAAGUACGUGGGAAACGCGAGUCAAUGUGCAGUUUCUGACGCUUCAGAAUAUAUAAUUGACAGUAAAGGCUCGUAUAAAAUCAACAACAACCUGAAACAUAAAUCGAUGGAGAAGUCCAAUGAUACGAGCGGUUAUAAGACGAAAUCAGAAAACAAAUUUAAAAUACCAGACGCCACGAGUUCCGUUGGCUCGUACUUACGACAAAUCGGGAAAGCUAUCGGCGCUAUGGAAAAAGAAAAUAAAGCGAUUAAUAAUCGAAACGAUAUGAAUUGCGGUGACAUUGAUCCAAAGAGAAUAGUUGGUGAAAGCACGAAGCCAUCCACCGGAUCGUAUCUACGAAGAACCAAGAUAUCACCAACUAAAGAGACCACGAAGAACGCGUUUUCCAAUAAAGAGACUGACAAAGUUGAUGGCGUUUCAUCGUUACAGAAAUCGAUAGAAUCGAAAAUCCCAUCGAAUCAAGAGAAUAUCAUCGAAAAGAAAAAUGUUAAAGGUAGACUAUCCAGACAAGGGAGUAAUGUGUCCGACAUCGGCAUCUUGUCUAGACAGGGAAGUCUCACAGUAUUAGAUUGCACAUCUAAAUACAAAGAUAACUCGUUGUUCGAUACAUACAUGAAGGAUGAUUUUUGCAAGAAUGAUUCCUUCAAAAAAUAUAGCUCGGGUUUAUAUCAUACAGACAGUCUUUAUUCCAACUCCAGUAUGUCGAAGCGUGACGAUUUUAUCACACCUAACAGGCAAAAUGCGAGUGAAGACAGUAAUCCUGUCGAAUUGAUGGGCGAUAAUAUUAAAAGUCCGAUGACUUCGUCUAUUUAUGGCAGCGAUUUGAAAGCGAAUAGUCUGGCCGAUUACACCAGAUGCUAUAAGGGUAUCGAUGUUUGCAGACAGGACAGCUUCGGCUCCGAUAGUGCACUUGGCACUAUGAAAAGCGAUUUCUUCGCGGAUGUCGAUUUUGCGCAGAUGAGGGACGGCAGGCACACACCGGACUUGUGCCAUACAUCCGAAAGGUGCUGCACACCUAAUCGUCCAACGACGCCGAUAGAGAGUACUGCUUUAUAAACGCGAGAAGAUAACAGUUUUACAAAACGCCAAGAUAACGUGCGUAAUCCCUGACGAUAAUUGAAUCUCGUUGCUACUAAUUUGAUCUCUUUAUUCAUAAUAUGUAAGAUCUGAAGAAGUAACGUGCUUAGUUUACAGUAUUAACUUUUUAGUCAGAGGGUUUAUUUCGUCCAUUACCUUGCGUAAAGAAAAGAUUGAAUUCAUUGAUUUUGAUAUAAUGAGUGCGAUAUUUUAAUUAUACAUGUAUAUAUAUAUUUUUUUUUUUUUUGAAAAUUUUUCUGAAAGGGAUAUAUCAUUAUUUUAUUAUUGAGACUGAAUUAAAAAUAUUGAAAAAAUUGAUAAAAUGGUUCAAGAUGCACAACUGAAAUGUUGCCGUUAAUAAAUAAAAAUGCUUAUAUUUUAUUUUUGCUUACAUUUUAUUUUUAUUGUGUUUUUGAAAUGCUUAUCUUUACUAAAGAAAGUAACGACAAUGCGAUAUUCAGUAUUAAUGAAUUUCAUUCAUCUAUCAGUCUUUAAUGAAUUUUUAGAUCGACAUUAGUUAAUUAGCCGUAAGAAUUCUAUUACAUUCCCCUGCGAAAAAUCUUGCCACACGGUUUUUUAAAACGGGAGUUUAAAUAACAAAACGUGACUCUCCGAUAAAAGCAUUCCAUUCAAAAUACUACUUGCAAAGCCGAGAUUUUUUGAUAUGUACAUUAUUAGCAUGUGCUCGAAAAAGCCGACACUGUGAAUAUAUCGAUUUUUACAGAUUACAAAUUAUAUGAAUUAUAAAAUUAUAAACCGUCAAAAGUCAAAGUUGCUACAAAUAUAUUUCCGGAUAUAUGCGACCACGAGAUUACUUUUGUUUAAAUUGUAGAUUUACGUCAUGUAGAUUCAGUUCUUGUAGAAUAGAAUGUAAAAAUGGUAUUAUAUAUGAUAUAUCUGUUUCCAAGUAUACACAGAUGUACAUCACAGUGUAAAAUAUUGUAUACGUUUGUAAUACUGCUGUAUAUGUAUAUGCAGAUAAUUGAUAUAUUAUAUAUGUAUGUAUACAUACGUGCAUAUAAAUAUAUACAUAUACAUGCGACACGUUUAUAUCUUCGUUAUGUGUAACCAUUCUCGGUAUAUUUUGAUAAAAUGAUAGAAUGAAUUAUGUGUAUAUUAAAAAUAUGAAUUAUUUAUAUCUUUCAUUUAUUGGCAUUAUAUAUCUUUUAACGAGGAUAUAAACGAUGGCAAAGUAGUAAAUAUUUCGUGUGUAUAAAAAAGACAAAUAAUUUGUAUAUAAUAAUUUUGUAUAUAUAUCCAAAUAUUUGUAAUUUUCAAAACACAUAGAACGAGAACGUUUUAGUAAUACUAAGUUUUUAUAAUUGCGAUGUAUAAGUAUAUACACACCAUCAGUUUUUUCUCUUUCUACAUUUCACUCAAAAUAUAUUUCUUUUCCUUUUUUUUUUGUUGCAUGUCGACUUUAUUUUAUGACGUUUUAAGUGUCAACUUUAUUUUAUGAAAUUAUAUGUUUUUAUAGAUGAAUUUUUAAGCAAUAACUUUAUUAUUCAUGUAAUUUCAUCAUGUUUUUAAACAUCCUGUUAAAAUUGAGAUUAUCUCAUGUUAAGUAAUGAAAUUAGGAUGCAAAUAAUGCAACUACAUUUCAAAUUUUUUUUCGGAUGUAUUUAUACGUUUGGUUAAAGAAUAUUGUUUUAAUUCAAAAAUUAUUUAAUUAUAAUAAAGGCAUUCUGAAAUUAUAGAUAAUACAUUUAUGUAGACUUGUGAUCGUUUUAUCCUAAAACUUCAUAUAUUGGAAACAAAAAAAGAGCCCAAUCAAAUAAUCCAAUCUUUUUAAUUUUCUCGUGCGAAUAUAAAGUACGGAAGAGAUAUUAUCAUAAAAAUGUUGUUUUCGAUAAUAUCACAACCGUAUUAUCAUUUAUUGUUAGAACAAAUCUCCAAGUAUCAAACGCAUGUCCGCUCAUAGAAACGGACGGUUAUGAGCAAUAAAUUGUACGGCUUAUUAUAUGUACGUAGAGCUAUAGAGUCUAAGAGAUUAUUUACGGCUUAUUGUUAGUUAAUGAGAGCAAACUAAUGAACAAACUAGUUGGAAUAGAAAAUUUUGUUUGAAAACAACACUACAAUGUUAUGCGAAGAAUAAGUUUUGCAUUUUCAACGACAUAUAGCGUUAAAUACGGCCGUACGAUUCCAUGUUUACAAUGUGAAAAUCGUAUUUAAUGUAAAUAGACUAGAUAUUUAACUUUAAAAGUGCCGUGCGAAUAAAAGGAAACGCGAUUGGGCAUCAGAUAAAUCAAACAUGUAGGAUAUAUAUAUUGGAAACAUGUAAUCUAUUGUGACGAUUCGCUUAAAUUUUAAAUAAUGCGAAAAUGAAUUAUUGUAAUAUGCCGCGUAUAUGAGACAGUAUUAACACUACUCGCUACAUAUUGUUGCUUAGUAGUAACAUACAUACGUUCGCUACUUCUUUAAUAUAUACCGGGCACAAAAAUCGUGUUAAGACCUGUAAAGAGAUAUCUGGAAUGAGUAGACAUUAUUUUUAUAGCCCCUGUAAAUUUUCACAUCUUUUUGAUAGCCGACUAUAGACUAAUAUAUAGAGUGUUCGACCAUUAAUGCAUUAAUUCAUUAACGAUUAAAGUUACAAUGGUGGAAUACACUAUAUAAUCUCGAUUAUCAAUAUUUUUACCCUAUAAAUUGUGAGUCACUCAUCUGAUCUAUAGUUUUAAACAGAUAUCUUUUAUAGAUACAGAAAAACUAAUGUCUCUAUUUGAGGCCGUAAUUUUUUAUAAAAGAAAUAAUAUUCUUGUAAUUUUUAUUCUUUCUGUCGGCCUAAUUGGCCUAAUUUUUCAUAUAGAAAUCCUAUAAUAAUUUUUGACACAAAUUUCGAAUUGCGAAUUGUUUUUAUAUGUGCAGAUGCAGAUUCGAUUUAACGUAAAGUGCAAUGUUUAAUUAUCACGAGAGAGAGAGAGAGAGAGAGAGAGAGAAAAAGAG